CGCCAGCCGCCGCCGCCGCGAUGGAGGUGCAGCUGUACCGACGCCUGCCGCCCCAGGAGACCAAGGAUCUGCGCCUCCAGCCUCAGAGCUCAGAAGAGGCCAAAGCAUUUGUAAACGCCUUCCUGAAGCUUAGCAUGCCAAAAAAGAAAGAUCAAGCUAUCCAGGACAUGCUGACUCGGAAAGCCGUGGUUCUUGAGCAUUAUGCCAAGAAAAAGACGAAGCAAAAGGGGAAGAAAACCAAAGGUUUUACUGCCAAACAGAGGCGAGAAAUGCAUCUUUUUGAAAUUGAACCCAAGCAGCAAAGGUAUGCCAUCUUUCUACCACUACAUCAACUCUGGAAACAGUAUAUCAGAGACCUGUGCCAUGGCCUUAGACCAGAAUCGCAACCGUAUAUUGUGCAGGCCAAACUGCUCAAAGCUGAUCUCCAUGGAGCAAUCAUUACAGUUGCAAAAUCAAAAUGCCCCUCUUAUGUGGGGAUAACAGGAAUCGUUCUACAGGAAUUUAAACGUGUGUUCAAAAUUAUCACCAAAGAGGACAAAUUAAAAGUUGUUCCCAAAUUUAACAAUGUAUUUAGUUUUGAGAUUGAUGGAUUCAUUUCCUACAUCUAUGGAAACAAGUUCCAGCUUAGAGCAAGUGAGCGAUCUGCAAAAAAAUUCAAGUUCAGAGGAUCUAUUGACCUCUGACUUCAUGGAAAAUCAGAAGUAUUACUAGAAAGGUCUCCUGGUUUCCUGCAGUUUAAAGACCAGGUUUUCUGGCAGACUGAAAAUGGAAUGGCUAUGUGAAGUAUUUCUAAAGCAUUUCUGCUUAAUGAAGAAUGACUAGUGUUGGUUGUCUUUAAACCAGUCUCUCAGACUUUUGGAAUUUGAAUGGUUUAUUAUUUGUAUAUAACAUUCUGCCUUUAUUAAACUUUUAUGAUUAGUGUCAAAUACC